UUUUUGUUCAGUUUCUAUUAUGGCGAUGUCGUUUCGACCGCAGAAAGUACUUUAUGUCUAAAGAAACGUUGUGUCCGCAGCUGUAGUGUUUAUCACACUAUCCGUAGCAGAAACAAUUACGAGAAAAAACACAAAAACAAGAUGCGCCUCCUAUCCCAGUUGUUGCAGGAGAAGAUUGGUAGUUUUUCGUUUUCCCGCGAUCAGCAGGACAUUUUGUCUCAUGCGGAAGGGUCGUUCUUGGAUGACCACCAGAACUUCGGACAGCGAGCCACUUCCUUCAACCAAUUCCUCGCCGAAGACAUUUGCCACACCUCCCCCAACAACUCCGAAGGUACGACCCUCCAGUUCUGCGCCGAAGAAGGUUCUCUCUGCCACGACGGGUACUGCCGAGGCGGGGACGUUUGCCUGGACAAUUCCGAGACGAACAAAAGGAAGUGUAUCACCGAGGCGGAAUUCUACAGCAACAUGAAACUGAACGAAACCACCACCAUGUCGCUCACCCGGCACAUCGCCAAGUGGUUCGCGGGGUUCUUACCAAGGUUGAUAACCAACCCCCUCGGAAAUACUUCGAAGGAAUUCCCAGUGUGUGAUGCGUCUACCUCCACGGAACUAACGUCGCACUGCGUCCCUCCAAAAACGAAUGAAUUAAUGGCGAGAAUCGGGUUUGGGUUGAUCACCUACUCGAGUUUCAUGUUCUGCAUGUACAUCAAGGACCUGAAAAUUCCCUAUUUGGUCCACGAAAACCAGCAGGGGCUGCAGCAACAACUGUCCAAGCAGGUGAAAAAAGAACCGAAGUGGUGUGUGGAUCAGCAAGACCUGGAAACGAGUUCGGAAAAAUCUUCGUCUUCCGAUUCGGAUGGGGGCAGGAAAUUCCGGAAAAAGAAGGAGAAGGAGAAGCAUAAAGGUAAAGGAAAGAAAAAACCACGGGAUGCUCGAGACAGUCUUGACCGGGACAAAUCCAAGUACGAAAAGGGGAGUAGGAGAGAGGGUUCUGGAGGUACCGCUCUGGAGCAAACGCCAGCGUAUGAUUUCGACAAUGCGCCGCCCCCGGGGGAAAGGAAAGUAGUAGAACUGGACAUGAACAAUUUGUCGGACGUGGAGAUGCCAUCUUAUUCGGAAGAGGAAGGAGAUUUUAUUUCGUCGCCGGGCGGGAAGAAGGGAAAGAAGAAAAAAGGGAAGAAAGGGAAAGGGAAGAAGAAGUAGGUUGUUUUCUGGAUAGGUAGAGAUAGAGUGGCGCUUUAUGUAUGAUGCUUUUCAUCUUCGACGUUUUCGUACUGCAUCGUGCGUCUGUUUUUUUUUCGACAUGUAGUUCUUUGUGUGGAACAGAUUUUGAUCAUGUACGAUGAUAGCGACGAGUUUCGUACCCACAGCAAGUGGAUUUCCUGAUGAACUGUGGAUUGCGCUGCACCGAAGUGUGUCACGACUGAAAGAAUGUGAAGCAAGCUGCAUUCAUGAUCACACUAGACUGCCACUGCUAGUAGUUGCAGUUGAUGAAGUUUCCUUGCAGCUGUCGGUG